AUGCCCUUACAUUUGUAUUUGAUGUUAACGUUCCGUUUUCCAAAAGGUGCGUGCGUUCCCAACGCACAAUUCGUUAUCAAUAACCGUUUAUGUCUCUGCAAUAACUACGGUUUAUGGACUGAAGCGAGCUGUACAAUUAUUGAAAGGCGACAACAAUGCCAAGUCGGUACAAUCGUUAGGGAGGGCUGUAACCAAUGUAUAUGUCAACCGAAUGGACAAUUUGUAUGCUCAAAUAUUUACUGCUCGAAGAAUCAAGCUUUGGCUGACUAUAACCCGAAAUGUAUUCCAUUCAAAUCCUAUUAUAUUAACUGCAGUCUCUGUACGUGUCCAGCCUCCGGUAUAUCAUCUGAAGCACAUUGCUCUAAAGACACUUCUUGUGUAGCAGACACAAACUCUUUUGACUUUCAAGUUGUUAAAAGAAACUACUGCAUACCCAAUGUCAUGUAUAUCUUCCCUUGCAUAGAAUGCGUUUGCUCCGAAAAUGGCUUCUUUGCUCUUGAUAAAUGUAUAGAAAAAUGUCAGACACCAGCAAAACAGAAUUCAAGGCGAUGUAUUCCUGGCACAUAUUAUAGGAAAGAUUGCGAUGUGUGCCUGUGUCCUGAAAAUAGCAACCUUGACGAAACUCUUUGCACUAAAGUUACAUGCGGAAAAGACAGUAGCCAACCGAUAUUUUUCGACUUGAGGCAUAGUUCAGUGCAAUGCGAGCCCUUAAGUUUUAUGAAGCCGCGCUGUCUCUUCUGCGAUUGUAAUUUUGAAGGAACUGUUAAAGAAGAUAGUUGCGUAGAAAUAGAUUGUGCAAAAGCUGUUGAUAUACAACUGUAUCCUGAAAGAACUUCGUGUAGUCCCGGUGAAGUGGUUCCAAAUUGCAUGGAAUGUUUCUGUCCAAAAAUUGCAAUAACAGAUGCUAAUUACUGCACAAAUGUCUGCAACUACCAACAUAAAUUACGAAUACUAGAAAAAGUUGUCAACGAAAGUAUUAUGGAUAUAAUUGAUUUACAAACUCUGAAAAAGUCUGAUGAUGAUGAGUUCUGUGAGCCAAACAAGAUAUAUUCGGAAGAUGGUCGAUAUUGUUUAUGUCCUGAAAACGGAUAUAAGAGUUACAAAUUUUGCACUUCGUCGAAAGUUCAAAUAGCAUCCAAAACUGUUAAAGAAAAUGUUAAUACUACGACUGAUUGUAAACCAGGAACUUACGUCGAUGUCGACUGCAACUCGUGUUAUUGUCCAAAAACCGGAAAAAUUGAUUUAAAAUGGUGCACAUACGACGAUUGUAUUGCUAAAAAAACUAUUGAAGCGGCACAUAAAUCCAACAUCGUGCCAUUAAAGCCUGUAAAUUCAGACGGAGCGUGUGUCCCAGGUUCUAUAUCUAAGGCUAAAUGUAACUUCUGCAUAUGUCCGGAUAGUGGGUUUCUAAAAGAACGAGCUUGCACAAAAAAUAAUUGUUAUGAUGCAGAAGAAGAUCUGACUAUAGGUAUGGACAGAUUUACGUGUGAGCCUUUAGCAUAUUAUGAAGUAGAUUGCAAUAUUUGCUUCUGUCCACGUGAUGGCAUUAAGAACGUCGCCAAAUGUACCAAAACUCACUGUGAGAAGAUGUUUUUGAGGUCAAAUGAAUGUGGGCCUGGCCAACUCUUUACAGAUGGAUGUAAUGUUUGCGUAUGUCCGCCAAAUGGAGAUAAAUCAGACAAAGCGUGCACAGAACACCAAUGUGAUAUAGCACCUUUGAGUCUAGCAAAUCUCUCACAAAAUUUGCUUCAAAGCAAGGAUAAAGUUGAGACAGCUCGGACUCUAGAUCACUGCUUCCCUGGUGAAGAAUUUACGAAGGGAUGCAAGAUAUGCGUAUGUCCCGAGACUGGUUUAAAAAUGUAUGCUUCUUGUGAAACUAUUACUUGCGACGAAUCCAAAAAUCACACAAUGGCAGACGUCAAUGAUCUACCGGUAACUGAUACAGAAAUAUCGGACGUGAAUUCUGUACCACACAAACGCGUGCGGAGGUUUGAACUGGAUUUAUGUAUGGAAUAUACAGUUCAUGUGGAGUCUGAAAGACAUAGCUGCACCCCUGGUUCUAUGUAUAUAGUCAGAUGUCAGCAAUGUAUUUGCCCUUAUAUGGGAAACAUAAAUAAAUUCUGCCGGCCACUUCCAAAAUCAACGUAUUGCGAACAGGCAUAUCCUGGAUUUAACUAUUUACCGAUGGGUAGGCGAUGUGAUAAUUGUACAAGAGAAGAAGAAGAGAAGGCUUUACAACAAGUAAAUGAAACAAUAGUUUUAAAAGUGACUCAUCAACAUACUAAGUAUAGAUGUGAAACACUUGGUAAAAUUCUUGACGAGUGUUUCAUAUGCACCUGUGAAGAGGGUAAAUUAGGUUUGACUUCCAGACAAUAUUGUACACCUAAUUCCAUCAUUGUAAUUGGGUGCAACGUUUGUCGAUGUGACGAAAAAGGGAAAGUCAAUCGGGAAUUUUGCACUCAUAGGACUUGUACUAACCAUAUAAGCCACAAAACUCGAAGAUCCUACAAUGUAGACGGUAGCUGUGAACCUGGCAACUGGUACUCUACAGAACCAUGUCAAAUUUGCUACUGUGUAGUUAGAAGUAAACUCGUCUGCAAUAGUGUAAAUAAAAGGGAUAAACUCCCUUUAGGCAAAUUCGAUUUCACAAUAUGUGGCAAUAACUUCAUACAAGAAGCUACAGAAUUAGUGUCUGAAUCGCAGAAUUUACGGCAAAUCAAAAACAAGAAAAAAAGGAAAAGUAUCAAGAAACGAUUAAAAAAAACAACUACUACAGUCUCGCCUGAAUCUUUUAACACUGAUGAAGUUUACACAGAGUUAGCAGAAAGCAAGAGAAAUGACAGAAGUAAUUUAGGAAGAAGGACUGUCGAUUCAAACUACAAAAUGCGCGAAGCGGAUCCAACACUACCAUUAUAUGAUGAAAAUAAUGGACUAUUUACAGCUUUGAAAGAUUUAGACGUUUUGGACCAUACUCAGUUGGAAGUAACGAAACAGGAUAUUGAAGAUGUUGAUAGAGGAACUGAAAAUACGGGAAUAAAUUUCCCAUCACUCCUAGAUAAUGUUUUAAAUGCCAUCCAAGAAAUAAACGUUGGUAUGGAAGGGCAUGGCGUCUGGCGAUCAACACCGACCGCUUGUUCUCCAGGAGUACACUAUCGACGAGGAGCUAUGCUUUGCGUCUGCAACGAGGAUGGCAACUGGCCCAAUCCAGUCUGCAGAGACCUCCUCAGAGUGUUACAUGCUGUAGAACUAACAUCGCUGACGCAACCCACCUCUAAUUUCACUUGUGUCCCUACAAAACUGUAUGUAGUUGGAUGUAACGUCUGUUUUUGCCCCUCAGCAGGUCAUCUAGACCCGGAUUUAUGCACUAAUAAUACAUGUCUCAAUGAUGACCCCAUUCUAGAAGCUAAUACAACACAUAUUGCACGGAGCGAUAGAUUAGACGAAAGUUUGGAAAUUUACGCGUCAUGUAAGCCCACCCUGCUGUACUCAUUAGGAUGCAUGUCGUGUAAAUGUUUGAGGAACAAUCGUCUCGUUUGUGACACAUGUGGACCGAAGAAACGGUCGGCCAUUAAUGAAGACCCAGGACCUUGCCAUGAUAGGAGACCAGGGGACAUCUUCCAAGAUGAUUGCAACUUUUGCUACUGCGAUGAGAAGCAGCGAAAAAUAUGUUCUGUACGUCAAUGUCUGGACAAAACGGACGCUUUGACGGAUGUCGGGAAACACUCAGUAAAUUUUAUAUCAACGACAUCUCCGGUCGACGACGAAGACUGUACUCCGGGCACUGUAUUUAGUAAGGAAUGUAACACGUGCAAGUGUAUAAAGCUUAGCAACGGUAAGAAGAUUAUACGGUGCACAGUCAAGUUGUGCGAUAGAAAGACCCCGUUGGAUAUAGUUAAACGUGACUGUGUGUUAAACACAGCGUAUGAAUCGAAAUGUAUGAUCUGCAACUGCGAACAAGUGAAUGGCGAGAAAACGCAAAGCUGUCAUUCGAAGCCAUCUUGUCACAGCAGUCAAGCGCCGGUGGAUUUGAAAUCGUUGCAUGGCUUCUGUGAACCAUUGCGCAUCUACAUUAAUGGUUGCAAUAAAUGCCGUUGUCUAAUGGAUGGAGAAACUUUGAUGUGUACGACGAAAAGGUGCGCGAAAAGGUCGGAUCCGAUUUCCGUAGAAAUCGUGCCUGUUAAAAGGACGCAGAGAGACAUUUGCCCGAAGGGGCAUUCCUUUAAACUUAAAUGUAAUGUGUGCUUUUGUCUGUCCACUAGUAACGCUAUGUGUACGACUGCCAAAUGCCAUAAUAAGCCAACGAAGAUAAAUCCGAUUAUACACUAG